GUUACCGGCGCUCAGUCGUGCAGGAGUGGUCGCCGAGUGAUGUGUGGUAUCGUAACAUCGAGUGUGAACGAGGAAUAAAGGGAACUGGCGUUUUAGUUUUUCGCUCGCGUUCCGAUCGUCCGUGUCUCGCCCUUCGUCGCGGAUAUUGCAGCCCGGCCGCCAGCUGUCAUCGUCGCGGCACGCAAAGUUCUAAUCUCGGCCCGUCCCUCUCCGCGCGCUCGCCUCGUUGGAGCCGGUGCACGGAUCCACGCGGAUCGUGUACUUUACUUAACUAUUUAUUGUACAAAGGACUAUAAUAAACCGUAGCCGACAAAAUGUCUGUGGAUAAGGAGGAAUUGGUGCAGCGCGCGAAGCUUGCCGAGCAGGCGGAAAGGUACGACGAUAUGGCGUCCGCGAUGAAGGCGGUCACCGAGACGGGAGUCGAGCUGUCGAACGAGGAAAGGAACCUGCUCUCGGUGGCAUACAAGAAUGUCGUAGGAGCGAGACGCAGCUCGUGGCGGGUAAUCUCCUCCAUCGAGCAGAAGACCGAGGGCUCCGAGCGCAAACAGCAGAUGGCCAAGGAAUACCGGGAAAAGGUUGAAAAGGAAUUGCGCGAGAUCUGCUACGACGUAUUGGGACUCUUGGAUAAGUACCUGAUCCCCAAGGCUAGCAAUGCCGAGAGCAAAGUAUUCUACCUCAAGAUGAAGGGUGACUACUACAGGUAUCUCGCAGAAGUCGCCACUGGUGAGACCAGAAAUACGGUAGUCGAGGAUUCGCAGAAGGCGUACCAGGAGGCGUUUGACAUUGCGAAGGCGAAAAUGCAGCCUACGCACCCGAUCAGGCUCGGCCUUGCCCUCAACUUCUCCGUUUUUUAUUACGAAAUUAUUAAUUCCCCGGCUAGAGCCUGUCACCUGGCCAAGCAGGCGUUCGACGACGCGAUCGCGGAGCUGGACACACUUAACGAGGACAGCUAUAAGGAUUCAACGCUGAUCAUGCAGUUGCUGCGUGACAACCUCACUCUGUGGACCAGUGAUACGCAGGGCGACGGGGACGAGCCACAGGAGGGCGGCGACAACUAACCUUCCUAAGCUUAAGUCCUUUCUAAACCUAAUAAGAACAUCCUAUUCUCUAUCGUCCCCCCGUCCCCCUGAAGUGCUCACCCAUAUGUCCAUCCACCCGGAUCCAUCCACCCAUGUCCACCAUGUCCUCUCGUCCCUCGCGCGUACCUCGUUUCCUUCUUUUCCUUCCUUCCUUCUAACCGCAGGCCUCCCUCUUCCUUAAAUCUCUUUUCGAAAAACAAAUUGGUCCUUUUCCACUCCUCUCUCUUUCUUUCUCUUUCUCUCUCUUUCUCUCUCUCUCUCUUUGUCCUACGACCGCACACUGCUGCCGAUGCCACCGCCACAGCUGUUACGCCCGGUUCGAAAAACUCGAAUGUAGAGAACACUCGAAUCAUCUAUUUAAGCUCGAUUGUAUUCUUUUCGCGGAUGAUGCUAAGGAAAAGAUACUUCUAAAGAUUGAACCUAGACGCGGAAUUGGAACUUUGUCGAUAUUCGGAGUGGAUAAAAAUUGUCGAUUGUGAAAUAUGUAUCGAGUAAAAACGCGCGCGCGAAGAGAGGCAAUCAUCGGCGAGGAGGAACGGUUGAGCUUUGUGGAUCAUUUAGUUUUUCUCUGGUACGAAGUUUCUCAGACAAAACGAAAUCCUUGUUUGACCCAUUUGUAUGAGGAACAGGAAUUGUGGAUGAACAGAGGAAAGAACAGGAGGGAGACACAUUCAUACACAUCUUCCCCUUCCCUGCAUACCCUGUCUCGUCGAUGCGCGCAUCCCUCGGGUGAUCAUCGGUAACGCACAUUACAAAAGAAAAGUAUGCGCUAGAUUAUUCAGCUUCAUGAGUAGCGACAAAGUGAUAUAGUACUAAAAGAUGAAUCACGACGUUAGAACGAGACAUGGAAUGCAGAGGACGACAACAUACUAUCAUUAUUCCCAGAAUCUGUUCGCUACUUACCAUUAAAAAAAAAAGAAGAGUGUAAUGUUAGAAAGAACACGAAAACAAAAAAUACAGGCAAAAAGAAAUAACGCGGAGGUACGAGAAGAAGCGAAGAGAACGAGAAAAUGAAAAGCACGCAUGAAUCUACUACAUUAUACCCAGUUGUCAUUUAAAUUAAAUUUCAUUGUCUAGCAAGUACGAAUAUUAUUAUACGAAGGGAAGAACGCAGGAGGAGAAAGGAGAGUAAAAAAAACAAAUACAUUAAGUUAUUAAGUUCCAAAACGACAUCAGUGGUGAUUUGAUUUUCACGCUCUCGCUGUUUUUAUCUUUUUUAUUCUUUUUCUCUUCUCCUCUCCGCAACAUGAUCAUCACAAUUUUCCACAUUUGCAUGCAAUUUUUGGUAUAUAUCUAUUCUCUCGCAUAGAUUCCUUUCUUUUCCUUUCGUCACAAUUGAUGAAAAAAAACUUGGCGGUUACCUCCACGAAUUUACUGAAGCCCGACAGUCUUAUUUCCUUAUCACGUUACAAUUUUAUCCGUAAUUUAGACGCAGAGAUGAACCAAUCAGGAUCGUCAAUAGCGUACAAAUAAUUAUUCUCAUUAUUACAAUCGCGUAAAAAGAGAAGGAGAGAGCACGUUUCGUCGUCGUUAUGCUCGCCGUCGCGAUCAUUCACACACGCUUCCAAAAAUUUCGUGUGAUCGUGGAAUGAGAUGCGGAAGGAGGAUGAGCCGUUCAGUUUGCUAUUGUCAUCAUCGAGCAUGGAGAUUAUACACAUUAGAUCGUAUAUAUCCUGAUUCUGGCGUCUGAAUCUUUCGACUUCCUCUUGCACUUUCUAUUCCACACAUUGCCUUUCGUCUCUUUCUCUCUCUAUUAUAUUACACACGAGAGAGAUUAUAUAAUAUAUACACCACAGGAUAUAUUUAUCACUUAAGUAAACUCGUAUCGUGAUUGAGAAGAAUGGAGAGAGAACAAAUUAUACGCACACAUACACACGAAUAUAAAUAAUUGCAUAUUUACUUUCGUUCUGUGCGAUGUUCAUUUCCAAGGGUUCGCGAGAGAAUACCAUCGCGUAGAGUAUCGAGAUCCGGAAAAGCUCGCGGCACCUAGGUCCUCCGUCAAGGUGUACACAUCGAAAGAAGUUGCUUAUACAUGUCUAUUUGCAUAUGCAAAUUAUUGACUGGCUAUGAUAGAUCGGGCGCGAAACAAUGUAUAGAAUAAAAUGAUCGUACGUAUUGAAAUGAAUUGCCUUUACAUGUUAGUGAUACAUAUAUGGAGUGAGAUGCAAGGCUUCAUUCGACGUGUACCACGUAUAUCACGCAAAUCAUAUCUGAAGCGUGAUGUAUUCCUAUCGUUACUAAACUGAUCUAAAAGAUAUAUUCUUCACGUUAUAAGAGAAGACUGCAAGAGACUCUAACAGGAGGUCAAAGACUAUUCAAACACGCUCUCCAUGUCGCGUUCGUCAUCCGACGCGAAGAAAGAGAGAAAAAAAAGAAAAUAGGAAACGAGGAGCUAAAUAUUCUCUUUCUUCUCGUAUAUAUAUGUAUAAUUAAGUAUAUGUAUAUACGUUGCUGACAUCAUAUAUAUAUACACACAAACGUACACGUACAUCACGCUUAUGUAAUAUCGCUAUGAGAGACAGUUUCAACAAGUUAGUCGCUAAUUACACGUGAAUGGGUAAAUGUUUUCCUAUUGUCGUGUUGAUAUUUCUCGAUGUAUAAUCGGUGUCUCUGUCGCAACAAGACUGUCUAAAAAUCGCCGAGAACGUCAUUUAAUGUGUUGCGAAGAAAGAAAUAGAAACACAGAAAGGAAAUGGAGAAUGGGACAGAUCACGAAUAGUGACAACAUCCAAACGACGGACUUCUCCUAUCCUCGCCUCUUUUUCUCAAACGAGAGCGAGUAUGUAACAUGUGUAAUUGAAGUAUUGUAAUUUAUCGUUGCCGCUUUCAAUCGCAGUGAAAGUCGAGUUUGUUCUAUUCUGACACACAUUUUGCGACUUGCGUUCUUCAUAGACGAGAGUCUUUUAGGAUUGAGGCAAGGGAUGAAGUAAAGAUUAAGAUACAGGCGACAAAAAAAUUAAAUAUGCGGAACGGAAUGAUCCCGUUUGUUAAAUUCCAUUACGAUCGAUUUGAAGUUAAAUCUACGCGAUUUUGACAUCACUUAUAUUUAUUUUUUUUGUACAUUGUCUGUAUCUCGUGCUUUAUCCUAUCUCGAUACUUGGCGUUGUAAAAGAGAAAAAUCGAACGAUAAAAGUACAGACGAGCAGUACAAUUCCCCUUCCCUUGAUCUUACCUCUAUCUUUUUCCAGAAUGUUUUGAGAUGAAAGUUCAACGAGGGCUAAUUUAGGCAGGACCGGGCGUGUGUGUUGUAUGUGUGAUUAAAAGUGGCAGGAUGCGAAAACUGUCACGAUGCAUCAAAGGAUAACGUUGAUCGAUCUCGCGGACCUUCCUUGAAUAUAACAUCCUUCUCUUUUCAUUCCUCCUUUCAUUCUUUUCUCUUGGAUCUAUUUCUUUGUUUUUCCCAAUCUAACAUCAAUCUAUACCCCAAUCGCUCACCUCCAAUUCAACAAACCAAACGUUAACAUUUUGUGUUCUUUUCAUUUUCUGGAUAUUAUAAAUUUUCUAAAAUAAACGUUAUGUUUUUUUAAUAAUUCUAGCAGUGACUUUAUACUCGGUCAGAAGGGACAUCAUCAUCAUCAUCUACAUUAUCAUUAUCAUAUAUUCAUCAUUAUCAUCAUCGUCUUCAUCGUCGCCGACAUUAUCGUUAUGAGCGUCUUAACGCAUAAAUUCUUCGAUCCUCUUCCCGCAAUCUUUACCCAAGUAAGAUACUCUCCUCCUCCUUCUUUUUUUUUUUUUUUUUUUUUUUUCAAUUUGAUCAUCUAAUCACGCAUUUUAAGAGUAAUUUGUUGUGCGAACGCGUAUGUGACAAUCGCGAGGGAAGCAACGGCGACGUGUCUCUUUAAUCCAGUACGAAGUGUUUGGUCACGCGAAUUCAUGCGACUUUCGCCCGUAAUCCUGAUCCUUUGCACGUAAAACCGCAUCCAUCUAUUCAUCCAUUUAUCCACGCGACUGUUUUCCUCCAGUCAUCCAUUCUUCUCUCCCGUUUUCCUUCUACUCUACCAUUUCUCUCUUCCCUCCCUCGGUCCCAAAUUACGUUGUUCUAUUUGUAUUUAUCAUCAGCCCAUCGUAAUUGUAAAUUAUAAUUAUUAUAAACGUUUACACGAAAUAAUAAUAAAUUCUGAUAAAAUGUCUGAGAAAAAAAA